AUGACGACCAUAAGCGUUGAGAGACUUCUUGCCCUGUUAUUGGGGCUGAGAUAUAAACAAAUUGUAACUUUGAAGCGCACUUAUAUAAUAGUGGCUGCCGUUUGGGUUGCGUCUGGUGUUGCUGCUAUAUGCCACAUUUUAAUUAAACGUAUAGGCUUUUGGUUUUUAUAUAUAAUUGCACCGUUAUGUUUAGUCAUCUCAAUGGCAGCGUACACAAAGAUUUUCUACACUCUCCGUAAUGACAAGGCAAGAGUACAACAACAGUCCAGUCAACCACAUUCGCUGAACCUUUUGCGAUACAGAAAAGUAGUGUACAGUGCACUGUUCGUGCAGUUAGCUCUAGUUGUUUGUUAUGCACCAUAUAUUAUAGUUGAAAGUGUGACAGCUCAUAGAAAAACAUUAUCAUCACAUAUAGUCCUAGUCAGGGGAAUAGUAGCAACCUUACUUUAUUUUAACUCUACCUUGAAUCCUGCUGGAAGAUAG